UUCUAAGCUACAAAUCCUUCUCCCACGUUUGCGACACUUUUUCCUUAUUUUCUGGUAAUCCGAAACAAGACUGAUAGCACUCUGAGCCUAACACCGCAGUCCCAAACUUUGAGCGACGAAAGCUUUCAGUCUUUCACACAUUGUUAGAGACAAAGAGACAGCGUGGAUCGUUCGGGGAAGCCAAAGAAGUAAAAAGGAAAAGAAGGGGAGAAAAAUCUUCAAGGAAAAAAAUUGAACAUGGUUAGAAGGAAAGAUUCAUUUUGGGAGUAUGCGGAGGAAUUGGAAAAUGGUUUUAUUUGUAAGUUUUGUGAAAAAGGUUUUGAUGGGGGUAUUUCAGCAAUUAAAUCACAUUUGUCUGGGGUUGUUGACCUUGAAGCAAUCCAGUUAGAAGCAAAACAAGCACUACUAGUGAUUGACACCCCCACUAAGGGAUCUAAAAAUGUGCCAGCGUCAAGUAAUGUUCUAGAGUGUGAAAGUUUUUCAAGUUCCUCAUCAUCACAUAUGCCAAAUCUAUGUAAGGGGCAAGAUAUGAGUAUUUCAAGAACUAAAUCAUAUUUGUCUGGGGUUAGUGACAGUGACAGUGACAUUGAGAUUCAAAUUUGUCUACAAGUACCUGAAGCCGUUCAGUUAGAAGCAAAACAAGCAAUUGACAAUCCCACUAAGAGAGCUAAAAAUGUGGCAGCGUCAAGUAAUGUUCUAGAGUGUGAAAGUGUUUCAAGUUCCUCAUUGUUUCAUAUGCGAAAUCUUUGUACGGGACAAGAUAGGAGUAUGGUGGAUAAACAACUUGCUAAGUUCAUCAUGUCAUUGGGAAUUUGUUUGGAUGCCAUCCAAUCGCCCCUUUUCAAGGACUUUGUGAAUGGCGUUGCUGAACAUGGUCCUAGUUAUGAAUUACCAAGUUCUCUAACUCUCAAAUCCCAGUUGAUUCCAGAUAUCAAGAAAGAAGUUGAGGAAUAUGUUAGCAAUGUCAUAAAAUAUUCAGUUAAAACAGGUUGUACCUUGAUGUACAAUAUAUGGACUAGGAAAUCGUCCAAUACGCCAAUUUUCAUCUUCGUGGGUAUCUUUGCAUAUACACCAAUAGGAGUGGCAUGCAUGGAUCCACCCGAUAUAAUGCCCCUAGACAUUCGUUAUUUUGAAAAAACUGUGUCUUCCAUCAUGGAGUUAAUUGGGCCUACAAAUGUUGUACAACUUGUCAUUAAUAAUGAUAAUUAUGAUGAUGGUGGUACCGAGCAUAACAUUGAUAAUGACAGUCAUGGCAACAGUGAGAAGGUAAGUGAGACUAAGGAUAUGCUUUCUAGAAAGUAUCAUUGGAUUUACCAGACCCCGUGUGCUUGUCGGAUUGGAUUACUCUUGAGAAAAAUAUAUAAUGUUCCUUUUAUAUAUAAUACAAUUGAAGUAGUGAAGUGGAUAGUUCUAUAUAUGUACAAGAAUAAAGUUAAUGUGUCUUUAAGAAGAGUACACAAAAAGAAAGAUGUUAUUGCUUCCCAUUUUGUCCUGCUCACAUCACUUUUAGAAGCUGAAAGUGUAUUGCAACCUUUAGAGGUAUCUAUUUUAACAUUGUGUAGUGGUUGGGGGAAGCAAAUUAGUGGCUAGGAGCUGGCAGAAAUUUUAAGAGGUGCAGAAUUUAUUGAUUAUGCUAUUUGUUGCAAAGAAUUUUGGAGGUGAGGGAAAAUUGUAGCACAAGUUAUGAAGCCACUAUUUCAAGCUCUUUCUUUGGUUCAUUGUGAUGGCCCAACAUCAGGAUACUUAUAUGAGAUGCAGUUAAGCAAUGUUGCGACAACAAUCAUGUCCUUUAUGAUGUCAUAUGCAACAUUUUAAGUGAAGUUCGAGAUGAUAUUAUUCAUCUAAUACAUGCAGCUGCUGCCUUUUUAAAUCCUAUUUACGUGUGGAGUGAGAAAUUUAAGGAGAAUGUUGAAAUGAUGGAUGGUGUAAGCUAUAUUUUGGAAAAUUUGGUUGCAGUGGAAGAGAAGGAAGCUUUCAUGAACCAAGUACAACUGUACCUACCGCAUGAAAGACUCAAACCUGUUCACAGUUGAAGCCAUGAUGAUGCUAGAAACAUCCCAUCCUCAUGAGUUCAGUUAACUCUGUUUCUUUACUUGGUAAAAACUUAUAUAUUUAUGUUAUUAUCUUGAAUUGUGCAGGAGUAUGGUGGGAAUCUUGUGGCAAUCAUCUCCCUGUAUUACAAAAAUAUGACAUUCGGAUCUUGAGUCAACCUUGUAGUUCAUUAUGCAAGCGAUAUGAGAUGCCGCAGAGUUACUUGGAUGAUCAUGCAUUUAGCGUGAAUACAAUGAUGAUGAAAAGGUAUAAAUCCGUAGAAACACAAAUGACAAAGCCAAUCAUUCUUGACAAACUUGGUGAAGUUUCUGAUGAUGAUUGGGAUGAUUGGGAUGAUUGGGAUGGAGAUUAUGAAGAGUCAUUUAAUGAUUUGACUAAAUGUUUUGACGAUGACAUAGUAAAGGAUCCAACUGGUUUGUGGUUGGAUAGGUGGCCCAGGAAUGGAAUGGAAUCACAAAUAUAUAUAUAUAUAUAUAUAUAUAUAUAUAUAUAUAUAUGUAUCCUUUUUGUUUGUAGGAAUCAGUCGUUUCAUGAUUUGCUAGUUUUGCAUUUUCUAUUAUGUUUUGUAUAGCUUAUAAUUUACUAGGUUUGUUGUGAGCGUGUUUUUUGGCACUGCAAAUACAGUUGAAAGUUUUUCAGCAUUAACAAACUGUCUUAUAUUUUCUUAGCAUAGUUUUGUAAGUUAAUGCUCUUUAUGAAAACAAGAUUAUUUGAAUUUGU